ACUGGUAUAAAAGGAAGGUACCUGUAGUUGAGCACCAACACAGAAGUGCUCACCCCAGAAUGAACCGCUUUAUGAUCAUCUUCGCCGUGCUGGCCGCGAUGGUGGCCGCGCUGGCUGUGGCCGCGCCUUCCGACCCUGCUCCGCACAACCCCUUCAAGUUGGAGUGGACCCGCGAGCCCGGCAGCCCUACUCGGCGAAACACCAUCAAGGUCGCCGGCGGCCAGCAGGUUGACACUACUCACGACGUCAUCACCGGUCACAUUUGCAGCGGCUGGCUGGCCACGGGUAAGAACGCGCACGAGUCCACGUCGCCCAAACGCGAUGGCCAGCCAAGCACCGGCGGUGAGGCCUCCACCAAGAAGAGCAAGAAGGGCAAGGGCAAGGGCAAGUAAGCCGCGCUAGAAGAAAAUCACAAUAAAACGAUGACAUUGCUUUUGUA